GGGGGGGGCUGCUGUGCCGUGUGCGUCAGUAAGUCAAACAUGUUCCAAUAACGGACUGUAUUAUCUGCUGCUAUUUGCAGUUUGCUGUAGCCAGGCACCAGACUGAGCUUGAGCAAAAGGCUGCAGCAGCGUCUCUUGCUGCUUUUCUGUGAUGGAAACGUUCUCGACAGGAUUGACAUCUUCAUGGCAACUGGCAGAAAAAAGGAGUUUUACCCUUGCCUUUGGCACUGCACUCAUCAUGCCAAACGAAGCACUUCCAUUUGAACUUCAGUUUUAAAAGGACAGAGGAUGGCAGGAGGCGUAAGGACAAGAGCAGGGACAGGAAAAAAGCUAUAUGUAAAGUUGUUUGCUGUCAUUGUGUUACUGGGAGCUGACCUGAGCUGGCUGGGUUUGAAAGACCAGGUUGGGGUCAAUGCCCAGAACAGUGAGAGAAGGGUAUUGGCCCAUAUUCCGGGUGACAUCAUCAUAGGAGCCCUGUUUUCUGUCCACCAUCAACCCCCUGCAGACAAGGUCCAUGAGCGAAAGUGUGGUGCUGUGCGUGAGCAGUAUGGAAUCCAGAGGGUGGAGGCUAUGAUGCACACUUUGGAUCGGAUCAAUGCAGACCCCACCAUCCUUCCCAAUAUCACACUGGGUUGCGAGAUCAGGGACUCUUGCUGGCACUCUGCAGUGGCAUUGGAGCAGAGUAUUGAGUUCAUUCGGGACACGCUGGUAUCCAGCGAUGAGGAGGAGAGCCAGGGCAAAUGUAAUGCAGAAACAGGUAGCAUGCUUCUUCAGGGGAAGAAGCCCAUUGUGGGACUGAUUGGACCAGGAUCCAGCUCUGUGGCAAUACAGGUGCAAAAUCUCCUCCAGCUCUUCAACAUUCCUCAGAUAGCAUACUCAGCCACCAGCAUGGAUCUCAGUGACAAGAGCUUGUAUAAAUAUUUCAUGAGGGUGGUGCCAUCAGACAUGCAACAGGCCAGAGCUAUGGUGGACAUUGUCAAGAGGUACAGCUGGAGCUACGUAUCUGCAAUACACACAGAGGGUAAUUAUGGUGAGAGUGGUAUGGAGGCAUUUAAAGACAUGGCAGCAAAAGAGGGCAUCUGCAUCGCCCACUCUGAUAAAAUAUACAGCAACGCAGGGGAACAGAGCUUUGACAAGCUAUUGCAAAAACUCAGAGGCCAUCUUCCCAAAGCCAGAGUGGUGGCCUGCUUCUGUGAGGGCAUGACCGUUCGAGGUAUACUAAUGGCCAUGAGACGACAGCGUCUGGUGGGAGAGUUUUUACUGGUUGGAAGUGAUGGCUGGGCAGACAGGUAUGAUGUGACUGAUGCCUAUGAGAGGGAAGCAGAUGGUGGAAUCACCAUAAAGCUAAAGUCAGCAUAUGUGACUUGGUUUGAUGAUUACUACCUGAACCUGAAACCUGAUUCCAACCUGAGGAACCCCUGGUUUCCUGAAUUUUGGCAGCAUCGCUUCCAGUGCAGGUUGAGAGGGCAUCCACAAGAAAGCACUUUGUACAACCGCACUUGCAGCUGGAGAGAGUCUUUACGUCACCAGUAUGCCCAAGACACCAAAAUGGGCUUUGUCAUAAAUGCAAUUUAUUCAAUGGCUUAUGGUCUUCAUGCUAUGCAGCAAGCCCUUUGUCCAGGAUACAAGGGAUUGUGUGAGAACAUGCGCCCCAUUGAUGGCCGCAAGCUGCUGGAUUUCUUGAUGAAAACCAACUUCACUGGUGUAUCAGGGGAGAUUAUCCACUUUGACCAGAAUGGAGACUCACCUGGCAGGUAUGAAAUCAUGAACUUCAAGCAGAUUGGUGAGGAUGAAUAUGCCUACAUCCAUGUGGGAAGCUGGGAUCAGGGUGGCCUAAAGAUGAAUGAUGAAGAAAUUUGGAGUAACAACAGUGAAAUAAUCCAGUCAGUCUGUUCUGAGCCAUGCAAAAAGGCACAGAUCAAGGUGAUCCGUAAAGGAGAAGUGAGCUGCUGUUGGACUUGUACUCCCUGUAAGGACAAUGAGUUUGUGUUUGAUGAAUACACUUGUCGAGCCUGUGUCCUGGGCUCCUGGCCCACAGAUGACCUGACUGGUUGUGAGCCAAUUCAAGUACAAUACGUACGUUGGGGGGAUCCAGAGCCCAUCGCCGCUGUAGUCUUUGCCUGUCUGGGUCUGAUGGCAACACUUUUUGUGACUUCUGUUUUUAUAAAGUUUUGGGACACUCCUGUGGUCAAGUCAUCCAGUCGUGAGCUCUGCUACAUCAUCCUGGCUGGAAUCUGUCUGGGAUACCUGUGCACUUUCAGCCUUAUCGCCAAGCCACACAUUGUCUACUGCUACCUGCAGCGUCUGGGAAUCGGUCUGUCCCCCGCCAUGAGCUACUCUGCCCUUGUCACCAAGACCAACCGUAUUGCAAGGAUCCUGGCAGGCAGCAAAAAGAAGAUUUGUACCAAGAAACCGCGCUUUAUGUCCGCCUGCGCACAAUUGGUCAUCGCCUUCCUACUCAUACUGCUGCAGCUGGGAAUUAUUGUAGCACUUCUUAUCAUAGAGCCACCACAGGUGAUCUAUGAUUACCCAAGUAUCCGUGAGGUACAUUUAAUCUGUAAUCUGACCACCUUAGGGGUGGUGGCACCACUGGGUUACAAUGGACUUCUUAUCCUCAGCUGCACCUUCUACGCCUUCAAGACUCGUAAUGUACCAGCCAAUUUUAACGAGGCCAAGUAUAUUGCCUUUACCAUGUAUACCACCUGUAUAAUCUGGUUGGCCUUUGUCCCCAUUUACUUUGGCUCUAACUACAAGAUCAUAACCAUGUGCUUUAGUGUCAGCCUCAGUGCCACAGUGGCUCUCUGCUGCAUGUUUGUCCCAAAGGUGUACAUCAUGCUCGCCAAGCCAGAGAAAAAUGUCCGCAGUGCUUUCACUACAUCCACGGUUGUACGCAUGCAUGUGGGCGACGCCAAGAAAGCUGCCAAGUCUGGCAAGUCUACUAGCAGCAUGGCCAGUUUGUUUCGGCGCCGUGGCUCUACACAGGACAACAUAAGUUCCAAUGGCAAAUCUGUAACAUGGGGACAAAAUGAACGUGCCUACAGGCCAAAUUUAUGGAAGAGGAUGUCAUUCCAUGUCAAGAAAAAAGAUCCAGUUGAGGUUAAUCAGACAGCCAUUAUCAAGCCUUUCUCUAAAGGAGGAGAUACUCCUGCAGACAAUGGUGUCAAAGAGCAGUAUGAAGAGCCACAGGUGUCUCAGCCUUUCACCUGCUUGCCCUCUCAGUCACCUCUGCCCACCUUCAGCCAGCAUGCAACAAAGACAAUGGGUCUCCAUGAGGAAGAGGAGGCCAAGGAGGCACAGGUUUUACCUACAUAUGUACCUGAGCUCCCAGCGAGGGUCAGACGAAGAGGCGGGGACAACGGCCAGGGUGCUGCUAUAGUGGAUGGAGGGGACAUUAGCAUCAUAAGUGUGGGUGACAUUGGCCAAACUCAGGGUACCACCAUCAUGGACCAAAUCAGCUGUGUGGUUAACCGUUUCACUGCCAACAUCAGCGAGCUGAACACCAUGAUGCUGCCUGGAGGAGCCACUGCCAGCCCCCCCUCCACCACUGCUCUGCCUGCCACCACAGAUACAACCCCAUGUCCUCCUCAGUACCUCACAUCCAGGAACAGACAGGCUCCCUCCACUGUCACCACAUAUGCUGAAGUGACGGCUGUCUCAAAUUUCUGCGAUAAUCGACCAGCGAAUAAGAUUUAUGAUCACUUAUCUGGGACUUGCGUGAGCGGCAAACGAGCCAAGGAUACGGAGGAGCUGAUGGCUUUGACGCCUCCGUCCCCAUUUAGAGACUCAUCUCUGAGCUCCAAUGGCAGCUCUCCCCCCUCCUUGUCCCCAGCUUCUGAGGCUGAAUAUGACCAGCUGCUCCUGAAACACUACAGUCAAAGCUCAUCCUCCCUUUAAAUCUGCACUUUUGUCCAUGCUGAUGCUUCAUUUGGAAUAUUUCAAGACAAACCUUCAGCCUGGACCAAACUAUUUGAUGCCUUUCUACAUGAGAAUAUAAUAGAUACUAACGUAGUUUUUAUAAAAACAUUUUGAAGAUGCACCCCCAUUUACCGUCAUUUUAGAUGAUUGAGAGAACAGCAUCUCUAAAAGGAUUGAUUAUAAAGCCGUAAAACUGCAAAUAUUAACUGCCAAAACAAAACAGAGCACAUGUGUUUUUUUUUUAUCAUUGACUGAGUGAUCAUUUUGACACACUGAAAUACACACAUGGGCAUUUUAAUGACUUUUUAACACUUUUUGAACGCAUUUCAAACCCAGUUUAAACUCCAAAGAAAAACAUAAAUGAGCUGGCAGCAAAACACAUCAGAAACAUUUAGAUAACAUUUUUAUUCUAUUAUUACUAGAUGUCAGUCAUAAGUGGAAGAUUUACUUUUUCAGUGUUUCUUUGGAUUGUGUCAAAGUAGCAUGUUUCUUUAGGACUGAGAAAUUGCAGAUAAUAGUUAUAUUCUGGAUUAUUGGGAUUCAGUUUUAUAUCUUAUACUAUUUUAGAAGAAAUAUCCUGCUGGGUGUUGACCUUCUGUAUAUCGUGUUGUUUUUGGGUUUGGUAUCAGAUUGUAUCACCAUGAAAGCUUUUGUCUGCAAGCAGCUCAAACAUCAAACAUGAGGCAUUUUUCUUGCACUCUAAUUUUUUGUCAAUCCUGCUUAACAUAAGUGAGUUUUAGUUUUAUAAUGUUGCUCCUGUGCAAGGAGUUCAUCUCACUGAAAAUGAGUCCUUUAUCCUCAGAAGACAGGAGCGCUUUGCUUCUUCAGGGACUCUUAAGACAUGAUCUCAGUGGACACAAUCAUCAGGUGUAUAACCCACAAAGAGCUUACAGACCUCUUGGGUGUCUUAUUGAAUUCUUUUAUCUAGAUGUGACUUAGCUGAAUGUAUGAUAACUUAUCAUACGUAGUGGACCAAAAUCCACCUCAGGAUGUGUCUGAACCAGAACACUUUCUGACUGCAGCUCUCUCCCCUUUGAAAGAGUGCUGUUGUGUAUCGGCUCAAUAUGUUUCCAGUUUGCAUGAUGUCAAGAUUUGUUUGCACUCUCUGAAUUAUGUUCCCAGUUAUUUAAUCUUUUAAUGUUAAACCUCUAUUAUGAAUAGAUGCAGUAGCAAAGUAAUGAUACUAGUAGUAAGUUUGAUGUGUUUUUAAGGUUAUUUUUCUUAGGGGGAGAGAAGCGAACUGAAAAUGUGCCAGAUGUUUCCAGCCUUGCUUUUUACUUAAAUAUGUGCCAGUUUCUCCCUGUAAUGGAUUAUAUUGUUUCUUUGGAAUAGAUCACACUAAUAAUCCGACUUUGGGCCUGUUUAGAUUUACUUUUAUUUUUUUUUUUAUGUCUGAGGUUCUCUUUUUUUGUUAUAGUUUUGUAGAGAUGUGUUGACCUCUCUCAGGAUGUUGAUGAAUGACAAUAUUCACAAGCUUACAGCUUUUUAGCCUUUAAGAUGUAACUUAUACAGUUCAUGUUGUAGUUAUGCUAUGCUUGAUUAUAUUUUUGUUUUCUGAAGUUUGACUUCAGUCUCCCUUUUGUUUUUCAUGUUUACACAGUCAAGAAUGUGUUUUUAUGCAGUUUUUUUUUGUUGUUGUUUUUUUUACAGAUUUUAAAUGUAAAUAUCAUCAUAGAGCAUAUUUGCAUGCAGGUUCGUGCUGACUCAGAUUUUGCAGAUGCAGUUUGCUUUGUGCCACUGAUAAGAAAGAAUGUUUGUCAUUUCUUUUUAUUUGCCUUUCUUAUAGCCUGAAAUGACAAAGCUAUCUAAAUAAAAAUCAA